AUGCUUGCCCUUUUUUUCUUCUUCAUUGCGUUGGCUUGUGCCUAUCCCAACCGGGGCCCUUGUACCGGAGACUGCUGGACUCAUGAUCCUUCAAUGAUCCAGCGUAAGUCUGAUGGAAAGUACUUCCGUUUCGCUACGGGAACAGGUGUCAAUACCAUGACUAGUUACUCGGUAAAGGGUCCUUGGACGGACGUCGGCUCCGCUUUGCCCAAUGGCUCCAGCAUUACGGUCUCCGGCGUGAGCAGCUCUGACAUUUGGGUAUGUUUGCCUCACUAUAUCUACCAAAAUUCCACUAACAUCAACCUACAGGCCCCUGAUGUGCACUAUCAGAACGACCAGUACUACAUGUACUAUGUCCUUUCUCAGAUUGGGACCCAAAACUCUGAAAUCGGCGUGGCCACCUCGAAGACUAUGGAACCCGGCUCAUGGACCGACCACGGCUCCGUCGGCAUCCCGGCCAACAGCGAGUACAACCGCAUUGACCCCAACUGGAUCGAAAUCGACGGCAAGAACUACCUCAACUUUGGUUCCUUCUGGCAGGAUAUCCAUCAGAUUGAGAUGGAGACCCCUCUCAAGGUCGGCUCUUCCGCUGCUUACCAAUUGUCCUACAAUGCGACUCUCAACCACCGCGAAGAAGGCUCCUUUAUGUUCAAGUACGGCGACUACUACUAUCUCCUCUACUCCGAUGGUAUCGCUGGCCGAUACACCGCUACCUACCCCGCUCAGGGCGAGGAGUACCACAUCAUGGUCUGCCGCUCUUCUACUGGAACUGGCGGCUUUGUUGACAAGGACGGCAUUGCCUGCACCAACACUGGCGGGUCUCUUCUCCUGGCCAGCCAUGGACAGGUCUACGGGCCCGGUGGACAGGGUGUUGUCGAUGACAAGGAUCUUGGGCUCGUGAUGUACUACCACUAUUACCCGCUUGCCACUAAGGAAGCCGGUGGUAAGGGUAACGCAGGCUACAUGUACUCCUGGAACGAGCUUGGCUGGGAGAACGGCUGGCCCUACGUCAAGGCCACUUAG